GCAUUUACAGACUCAUCGGUCUUCAGAAUCCGUACAAUGAAAAAUUUAACAGCACUUGUGGCCUUAGCCUUAAUAAUGAACCCGCACAGUACUGUAUCGGGAGAUAGCGUUCAAAAUGACGCCGAUAUAGAACAGAAUUUAGCGUUGAUUAAGCAUAUUGAGGGUGAUCUAGCAAUUGUUUUUAAUGAUUUAAGUGAGAGUUUUGAAGGAGAUGGGGGCGUUAACGAGGAAAGGAAACAGGAUCGCGAGAGGAUACGACAAAUUGCAAAAGUGAUGGCAGAAGAUAAAUUUCAGGACGGUAGAGAUAUAAUCAUUCAGAGCUUUCCUAACGGAUUUGCAUAUGGGGGUAAGAGGGGAGUGACCGAUAGGCCAAGUGAGAUUAACGUGGUUGAAAACAAGGGUGUCGUCGACAAAGAUGUAGGUUUUGACACAUCAACAUCGUCAGAUGAGAAGAAAGGGAACAAAGCUAUAGAGGAAGUGGUGAACUCGAAUGAAGGGGUUGAUAGGGACGCGAAAUUUAAUAGUACAGCCAAGCUUGGUGAAAAUCCGAGUGUCACGGGAGGUGUGAAUGACCGUAAAUUCAAGUUUGAAAGUGUUGGCGAUGGCGAUAAAGCCUUCGACAAUAAGAAAACGGGCGAGAUCCAAGAUAGUGACAAGUCAGAAGAAUUUGUAAAUGACGAACAAGUAAGUGGGAGGGCAAAUCACAAUGCACAAUAUGCUGAUGAGGCACAGGGGAAUGACGAAGAGGAUACCGAUCAGCUCAAUCUGGCAAAUAGUGAACCUGAACUUAACGUUGACCGCCUCAAGGAAUUAGUUUUGGAGGAUCCUAAUGUAGCCAACGAACCUAACGAACAUAAUGAACCAGUUGAAAAAAUUGAGCGUAAUGAACCGAAUGAUCCUUACGCACGGCACCACAUCUUCGAAGAUAAGACGCGCGAAGAGGCUGAGGCCGCGGCCUUCAAGGUGUAUACUAAGGGGGGGGUAAUAUAUGAGAUGAGAGAGGAGAGUGAGUCAGAUGAAUAUGAUGAACUCGGUGGAUCGUUUGAUGUAAUAGGUGGCAGGUUUACCGGUGACACGGAUAUGGAUAUGAAAAUGAACGUGAACAGUGUACGACAGCAUCUGACGGUGCACGGAGUGGACAGCGGGGAUGAUGGGGAUUUUCAAGGUGAUUUUUUCUCUGAAAGUCUGGCGAUAAGCUCGUUUAUUUUAAGUAUAGCCUUGAUGUUGAGUAUAGCAUACACGAUUAUAUCGAGAUCUGCACAACGCCGCGUUUGCACUUCACGGCCACACAUGGGGAACAAGGAUUUGGAAUCAGGGGGGCGAAGGUUUAGCUUGAAGUAGCUCUAAUAUAGCCGUUAUUCAAAAAUUCUGUUGUCUAACGAUUAAAAAAUUGUUGGUAUACGC